UAUAGAGCAGACUAAAGAGCUAUUUCUGAUGUUUCCAUCAUUUCAUCUUUGCUUUAUUCCCGCAAGAGGCGCUUGGACUUUCGUCAUUUUGCAUAGAAGUUGGCUAGCUGAGUUGUACAACAGAUUUUGUGAAUUUUCAUUUGGCUAACCUAGAUAUGUAUAUUUGAAUACAUGAUAGAAUUUUACUACUAGGAUUUUAGAAUUGGAAUUCCCAUGCUUUAUACACGGGGAAGCACCGAUACAGGAAUAUAUAAGACGUGCUACCUAUUUCUUCGUAUCAGUUAGUACAUCGAUCGUAAGUUUAUUACGUUUUAAACUAUAUUUACUAUACUAUAUUCUAUUGAAUUACGCAUUACCAAAAGUUUUGAUGUGUAAAAUCUGCCUAAUUUUGUACUUGUAAAAAAUUUUGCACUUAUAAUGAAUACGAUGUCUAUUAUGGAUCCAGUUUGGGAUAAAAUGUUGAAAAUUGCUAAGGAACAGCAACAAGAAUAUUAUGAACUUUUGGCAGAAUGGACACUGUAUGAGAAAGAUGAAUAUAAGUAUUUGAGGCAAAAUAUUGGGUUUGCAAUUUAUGGUCCUGCAUCAGAAGAUAAAACAGCUGAUGUUGUAUUAUAUGAUAAGAAUAAAAUAACUAAUAACUACGAUUUAGUUGAAACAUUUUUUUAUUCAGAGAAAGCCAAAAAUACUAUAGAUAUUAUAUAUAACAAAAUACUUCAAUUUGGAGAGGAAAACAUAAAAGUGGGGACAGAAGAAAAAUCAAACACAAAAGGAGUUUACUUUGGAAUAAUUUUCAACAUAAUAUUACGUCCUAAAAAUAAUUCAGUUAAUGUACCUACUUCAAAAGAGGAAUCCAAUUCAAAAGGAGAAUCUAUUUCAAAAGAAGAAUCUACUUCAAAAGAAGAUUCUACUUCAAAAGAAGAUUCUACUUCAAAAGAAGAAUCUACUUCAAAAGAGGAAUCCAAUUCAAAAGGAGAAUCUAUUUCAAAAGAAGAAUCUACUUCAAAAGAAGAUUCUACUUCAAAAGAAGAUUCUACUUCAAAAGAAGAUUCUACUUCAAAAGAAGAAUCUACUUCAAAAGAGGAAAAUGAAAUAAAUAUAUGUUUAACACCAAUAUUUAAGAUAAAAUACUCACAAUGUAAAGAGCAACAAAUUUGGUAUAUUGAUAUGAAUGGUAGGAUAUAUAAAAGUUGGACAGAUUACAAGGAAAACAAUACUUUACCACCAUGUACUAUGGUUCUUCCAAAAGAUGGAUUUUACCAACCAGAUACAACUUAUGAAAUUACUGAAGAAUAUUCAACAGUAUGGUUAGAAAUUGCAGACUCACCUGCAUGUAAUCCUAUAAAUACUAUUCUUAAUGUAGCAGAUACAGCUUCUGGUGUAAUAAGUAUGGUUGGAGUUGGUUUAGGAGUUGCAUCUUUGUUUACACCUGUUGGCCCAAUUGUGCUAGGUGCAACAGCAUGUUCUGGGGUAACUGGUGUAUGGACAGUUGGUAGAUCAAUACAAAAAUUAGUAGAUAGAAACUCUCAUGAAGAAACUAUAAAUCCACUAAUGGAUAGAGGUGCAUUUUCUUCAUGGUUAAAUAUAACUGGCGCUACAGUUGGCAUAGCAACUGUAGGUGGAUCUUUUGCUGUUACUAAGCUUGUUCAGAAUGGUAGUAAUAUUGGCACUGCAACUAGAUUUGCAUACAAUACAUUAGUAUUAAGUAAUUUAGGUAUCAAUGGCUUUGGUGUAGGAUAUCAAGCAUACUGUAUCUAUGAAAGAUAUCAGGAAGAUGGCACAGUUCAUUUUUCAGAUGUAAUAUCUCUGGCAGCUCAUAUUUUGUUUCUUAGUAAUACAAUUAUAAAUACACAGUUUGCAGCAGAUUUAAUUGAAUCUACACAAGGUAACAUUUUAGAUAACUAUAAAAGCUCUUUACGUUCCAAAAAUCUUCGUAGAAAAUUUAAUCGUGCGAAACGUACUGCUGCUGCAAAUAAUACAGAUAAAAUAUUUGAAAAUGCUGAAGUUAUACGUUACAUCAAUAACAAACAACAGUUACAACUUGAAAAUAAUUUGGGUGGUAUUUCCGCUCAAAUGCCUACCAUAUCUUUCCAAAAUAAAGAACUGAUAAUUUGUGGUAUACAUUUACUAGAUCCAAUGAAAUUUGUAGACAUAUUAUUUGCACAUGACAAGAAAGAAAAUAAAUAUUCAUUUAACAAAGAAAAUAGCAAUGCUGAAGAUAAAUUGUCUCAGUUAAAAGAUUUGCUAUUGUCUUUAUUAAAGGAUGCAUUUUUAAAUAAUGGGAACAAUACAAAAUAUGAUGUUAACCAAUUUAUUGAAAUUUUAAAUGAUAUAAGAUACAUGAAGGAUGCCUCGUGUUUUCUUCUUAUAAUAUUUGAAUUAUCUCAUACUCUGAUAACAAAAUCUUCAUUUGAUUCAGAGUAUUUACAUAAAGCAGUUCAUUUUGUAUGGAAUUAUAUAAAAGAAAGCUUUAGGUCUUUAGAUACAUCUUCCAUUAAUGAUGAGCAAAUGCAAAAGCUAUUGAAUAAAAUAAUAGCAGCCUUGUUUGAAUACAUGGUGGUUAUUAUAAAAGAGUUAUUACCUGCUUUUGCAAAAUAUAUGGAAAAAUAUGGAAUUUUACCUAACAAUUUUACUUAAUAUAAUA